CGUCCUCUUCUUCUUCUCCCGUUCCCAGAAGCCGUUGGAUAUCCGUGCCCCCUCCCCCAGCUCCGUAGCCGUUUUGGCUCAAGUCACUCUUGGUCAAACGUUUCCAUGUCCUGACUAUUGAACGUUUUCAAUGGCGGGCGCAUCGCUGCGCGUCCUGCUCUGUGCCCUGCUGGCGCUCGCGUGCGAAGGCCAGCUCGAUGACGCCGUGGGCAUGGUCCAGGCCGCGCUGGAGUGGCCCACGCUGGGCGCAAGCCGCGCCUUGGGCGCCACCCACGCUGCGCAGCGCGGCAGGGUCCGAUCGAAGGCGAGCACAGAGGCCGUGGACAAGCUCAUGAGAGAGGCCCGGGAGAAGAGCAGGAGGAAGAGGACGCCCUCCUUCCAGUUCAGCCACUCCCCCAAGGAGGCCAGCACCGGGAAAACGGGGGAGGCCAGCGCCCAGAAGGCCGUAGAGGUCGGCGCCAACGCGAAGGAGGCAGAGGCCAGCACCGAAUGGAGCAGCCAGAGCUACAUCAUCGAGAAGACGGCAGUGGCCAGCACCCGGGAGGCCUCCGAGAGCGGUGCCGCCAGGAAGGGAGCAGAGGCCACCAUCACGAAGGCCAGCCAGAGCGACACUGAGGAGAAGCAGUCUGGGGCCCGUGCCCAAGUUGAGGCCACAAUCACAGAGGCCAGCGGGAGCGGCACCGCGGUGCAGGAGGCAGAGGCCACCGUCAUCGAGGACAACGACAGCGGCACCGCCGGGAGAGGAGCGGAAGCCAGCAAUGCCGACGCUGCUGGGAAGAGGGCGGAGGCCGCCGCCGUGGAGGCAGCGGGAAGCAGUGGGAAGCAGGCAGAGGCAACUGGCAGCCAGGCCGCCGGGGAGAGAGCCGAAGACACCCAGCAGGCCGCCACUGUCAGCGGGAGCGGCGCCGUCGCGAGUGGGACCGUGGGCCACUGGGCUCAGCAGAUGCACCAGGCUGGUUUUGCCAACUGGCUGGACUAUAAUGCCCACAAGAGGGAGACCAAGAAGAAGUUCGAGGCCCUCGGCAGCUAUUUCUCCAGCAGAGAGGAGGACGAUGCGGCGGCGACAGUGAACGGGCUGGCUUGGCCGGCCCAUGCGCCGAUGCCCAAGCCAGCGCUCAUCACCAUGCUGAACAGGGCGCGCCUUGGCAACCGCCUCUUCCAGUGGGCGGCUCUGCUGUCCAUCACGAAGGAGGCCGGCGCGCGUGCCGCAGCCCCUCACAACGAGAGGUACAAACCUGGCGCGAUCCCACAGCUUGACAACCUGGAGGAGCUCAUCUGGUCGAGCGAGGACAUGGACUGGCUGAACACACAAGAUCAUAAGUGCCACAUGUGGGACUUCGGCUGGCCCCUGAAGCUCGACUAUGACCUCGGGAACCUAUCCAACUGGACGCUCUCGGGCGUGUCUAAGGGCGAGUUGCACAUCCAAUCUGCCCUAGAGCCGCGGAAGGGCAUGAACUGGGCGCGCGUGUGGGCGGACGCGAUCCUGACCACGCCAACCCCCAGCCCCUGCUCGGUCGUCGAGCUGGACGGAUUCUGGCAGCGACCAGAGUUUUUCGUGCACCACCUCAACUGGCUUCGGCCGACCUUCUGGAACGCAGAGGUCGCUGGCCAGGCCAGGCACAUCCUGGACAGCUGGCUCGAGAAGACGGGCCCGGCGGGCGCAGUCGUGGGCAUCCACCUGCGGCUGGGGGACUACAUCGGCAUGGGCAGGAAUUUGGACAUGGACUACUACAGGAACGGGCUGCUGGAGGUGAAGCGGCACCGCAACGUGGACGAGCUCACGUGCGUCAUAUUCUCGGACGACAUCCACCUGGCCUCAAACGUCAGCCUGGAGCUGGAAUCGUGCACGAAGCGCAUCCCCGUAUACCCGUGCAGGGAGCUCGGGAAGGAGUACCAUUGUAAGCGUGCCGAGAGAGUCGUCAAUGACAGAGUGAGCUUCUACAUGAUGAGCCAGCUGCCCAACAUCAUCCU